AUGUCUCCUACAUCAGUUCAAUCACCUAGACCUGUUCGACCUAUUCUCAAACCUCUGACUUCCCUCUCACAAGUCCCAGAACUUCACUUGAAUCAUGAUCUUCACCAUAAAUCUCUUCGAUCCUAUUCAGUCUCUUCUAGCACAUCUUCAUCAUCUACUUCCAGUACUUAUUCUAGAUCUGCAGAAGAUAUGGUAGAUAGACUUGCCAAUCAAGAUACUCACUCCACUAUCGAUCUUUGGUCAGGUGGCAAUAUCAGAUUGAAUGGCCGUGAUCUGACUGCUACAGCAAGGGAUGCAGAAGACCUAUUACACGCUAUCAAGCAUGAUGAAAGAUUCGAAUUUAUCAAAUUGACUUUCUUCGAUGAAGACGGUGAAGACUGGAAGAUCUCCUUCAAAAGAUCUCACAUCACCCAUUCUUCCUCUGUGAUCUCAGAUUCGGAAUGA